UGAAAAGCUCUCAUCGAUUUUGCAGUACACAGAGGCGAGGAAAUUUCGGAUGCGCAAACUUGGGAGACGCACGUCGACACGGUAUCCGACGCUAACACGACGAGGCGACGAGGAGUCUGGAAGUAUUUCUGAUACACAGACCGUACUCAUUGCAGUUUCGUGCGUCGGUGCAGGAAGAGUGCGCUAAGGAACGCGACGCGAAUCUUUGUUAUUCUCAACAAAAAAUCCUUUUUGUAAAGGAGGAGGCUACAUUCUCGUGGAAGUUCACGGCCGAACGGGUCAAUUUGCGGAAGUUCUUUUUGUACCCAAAGUUCAGUGUGAUCAAGUGCAGAAGAGAGAACCGGAGGAGUGACUGUGUACUCAGGGAAUUUCAUUUGAUUGAGGGCGUCCUUGCGGAAAAUUCCAAAACUCUCUCAUUGGCGGCGACACAGAAAAAACUUCCAACAGCUAUGAAGUGUUUGUGGGUUUCCGUGGCAAUUUGUCUCGUACUCGCUGUGGUGGUCAACGCCAAGAAGAAAAACAAGUAUGACGGUGACUUUGAGUUUGUCGAUGAGGAUGACAAAUCAUCAAUACAGAAACCCACACCAGAGAAAAAGAAGUGGAUACACGAUCCAUCGAGUGAUUUGUGUCGACCACUUAAUUGCAAGAAGAAGGAACUUUGCCUGCUAGAGGACGCAUACACAGCAGUUUGUGUUUCAAAGAAGGAACUCCAUCGGAACAGAGAUGAGAUAAUUACGAAAACAAAAUUGGCUGCUGAUGAUGACGCAAAGAGGAAAUUGGAUCUAGACAUGGAUGAAUUGCAGGAUCAAGAUGAUCCUGAAGAGGAUAGUUCACAAGAUGAUGAUGUUUUCUACGACACGACAACUGGGGAAAGAGACGAAGAGAAUUGCAAGCCAUGUCCUGUGACGAAACCCACAUUUAUGUGUGGCUCCGACAACCGGACGUACUCAUCGCUAUGUCGUCUGGACUAUCACAACUGCAUCCACGCUACAGCCAUCAAAGUUGCGUGCAAGGGCUUCUGUCCGUGCCGUGAUUCAAAUGAUAUUAAGAAGCAACAGCGAAUGAUGGAUCGUCAAAAUGCAGUGAAUGCAAAGUAUAAGAUGACUGUUGAAGGUGGAAAUGGUGGUGAUGAGGCGGAGGGAAAAAAAUACAAAGAAGACAAGAAUCGACAUUUCAAUCACAUCAAUUCUCAGUUUACCUUCACGCCCGAGGAUAUAAAAUACGACAACAAACACUACAAAUACCUUAAAUACAGUGCAUCAUCGUACAAAAGUGGCAAAGAGAAGGAUUCGUACAAUCGAAUGGAUGAAAAGCACAAAUACCGCACUUACAACGAAAUUAUCGAUAAAUCUGGAAGUAAAAUGUCAAAGAAUCCCAAUACAAGAUUUCCCUCAAAAUCCAGUGAGUGCAAACCACAGCAAUUGACGGCAAUUGGAAAUCGUCUUCUGGACUGGUUCUCCGUGAUUAUGGCAGACAGCAAAAAGCGUCGUCAGCACUCACAGAAGUCCAAAGCACACUUCCCACCAGCAUGCAAGACCGAAGCUAAAUGGAUGUUUGGUCAUUUGGACCUCAACAACGAUGGACAGUUGACCACACAGGAGCUUUAUGACCUGGAGCAUGAUCAAAAUGAGCGCUGCAUUAAGCCAUUCAUUGACACAUGCGAUCUAGACCAGGAUAGUGCCAUCAAUCCACGUGAGUGGUGUCGGUGCUUUGAAAAAACAGACCGACCAUGUGCUGCCGUUCGACGACGAAUUGGUGGCGACCUAAUUGGUGCUUAUGCUCCGGAUUGUGACGUUCAAGGGUUCUACAAGCCAACACAGUGCCACAACUCGGUGGGCGUCUGCUGGUGCGUCGACAAGCACGGCGUUGAGUUUGCCAACACCCGCACACGAGGGAAGCCCAACUGCGAGGAUGUAAUUAAUAGUGCAGCAUCAUUAACAUCCGACGACGAAGACGACGAAGAAGACGAUGAUAGUGCUGAAGGAAGUGCAGACCGUCUUCUUGUGUUCUAAAUGAGAAGAUUUGCGUGUCUAUUUGUCACUCCAAUGUUCUUUCUUGCAGCUGAAACACCACCCCCAUUGCCACGGAUCUUUUAUUUAAUCAUUUUGUAAUUUAUUUGUUUUAAGUGAUUAAAGGAAAAUUUUCAAUUUUAAUUCGCGAGAAGACGAAUGAAAAGAAAGGUGGGUGAUGAAAUGAAAUCAAUUUUGAAUUGCCUAAAAGAAUUAUAUACGAUGUGGUUGUAUUUUGUACCAAGUAAUAAGCAAGAGAAAGCAUUCAUUCCUUACCCUAAAUAAAUCCAUUUUUUUGGUAAAAAAAAAAAAGAAUUAGUUAGUAGGAAGUCUGUAUAAUGCCGAAACAGAUAAGAUUCAUUGCGCAAUUCAUUGGAGAUAACAUCAUAAUUCGCGUAUGUCUUUGAACCAUUUUUCUUCCAUGGAAAAAAGGAGCUUUUCUUUGAAGAAAAGCAAUGAAUAUGGGAAGAAUGUUUUUUUUUUCCUUCAUCAUCAUCUUGGAUAAAAAGGAACGGCCUCUCUCCGACACUAAAAAUAUAUAUGUAUGGAGGAAUUCUAAGAGGAAAAUAUUGCUGAGAAAACGAUAUAUGGAAUUCAAUGGGAUUCACCUGAAUACGGUGAAUUUCUUGGAGCGUGCCAAAUGACAGUCAUUCACAAUCUUCCCUUUUUCUUGUGAGAUUGUUGUCGUACUUGCAGAAAAUUGCACAAUCCCCAGCGGGAGAUGUUAUAAAAUAGGAGCCAAAGAGAGAGAAAAUAUUUUCCUGAUUUUCCUUCAAAAUAGAAAAUGUAGACAACAUGUGCUGGAUUAGGUGGCUUAACUUUUUGCUUUUGCAAUGAGAAAGAAAGUUUUUUUUUAACAAAAAAAUCAAUAUGCUCGUGUUUUCAAAGAUACUUUACAUUUCUUCUCUGGAAAAUAAAAAUAAUUUUAUUUUGACACCUAGUUUAGCACAUAUUGUACUCCGUUAACUAUCUCAUUUCCUUGCAACCUGAUUUUCCCUUCACCUUCACCUCUAAUCAAACUCCAUGCAAUGUCUGUAAUUUCUCCUUAUAUACUUAUACUAUCUAACGUAUGUGACUAUAAAAGUAUUUAUCAUGAGAAAAUCGUUCCCAUUUAGUAAUUGUUAGACGUGUCCGUUGUAAUAAUGUAAAAGAAAAGAAAAACGAGGAAUGUUAAUUCGUGAGGAAAGAUUUUUUUUUUCACAAAUUAUAUACUUUAUAUUCAACCCCCUACCCCCAAUGUAAAAUGUAUAAUAUUGGCAUUUUGUAAUGAGUAAUAAUUAACUAAUAAGAGUCUCCCAGAACAAAAAAAUUGACUUCCACAUACACGAAUGUGGGGGAAUAAUAAUUAAAUGAAUAAAAAAACGCUCUUCUAGGACAAGAAAACAUAAACAACUUCUUCCACCAUCUUAAUGAAAAAAAAAAACAUUUUAUAUAUAAAAAACGAACGUAGUUAAUUAUUUUCUUAUUUAUUGAGAAUGAAAAAAAAAGUCAUUUUGCGUAAUACUUUUAUUAUUAAUAUAUAACUUGGCCUAUUUGUAGAGUCAAAAAGAAAAUUUAAGAAAAAAAUGAUGAAAAAAACUCAAUAAAUAUAACAUAGAAAAAAAGAAUAUUAAAACAAAUUAUUCAUGAAAAGGAAUACAACAAUGUUAAAUGUAGAGGAAUUUAAUGAAAGCAAAAAAAAGUAAUGAAAAAAUGACUAUAAGGAAGUAAAGAAAAAAUAUUAAUAAAAUUUAACACACAAAUUUAAUGUUUAUAUAGAAAACGACGAAAGGACAUUAAGAAGGAAAGAAAGGAAGAGGGAAAGUUUUAUCAAAAUAUUGCACUAUUUUGCAGCACUCUUUUUACAUUGAAUCUGUCCACGAGCAAUCUCUUAUUUUGAAUAAGAAAAAACGAUAUUUAAAUGAAAAAGAAAAUUGUUUCAAUCGAACUCAUCAUCAGCCAUCCAUUAAUGCUUAAUAUCAAGAAUAUUUAUACAAUAAAUUAUAAUCUCUUAAAAGAAAAAAAUGAUACCUAUAUUAGUUUAAAAGAAAAAAAGAAAUCACUAACGUAUGAUCCUAGAUGAUAAGGAAUAAUUAUGAUUAUAUAGAAGAAAAAUUUGGAAAUAAAAUGAACAAAAAAAAUUAAAUAUAAUAAAAUGAGACGAAAAAAAGAAACAUUUUUGAAUAUGAUAAUAAAAAAAAUGAAAUAACCGACACUGGAAUGAAAGUUAAGAAAAAAUUAAAGAUGAUAAAAAAAGCAACAGAAACACAGCAGAAAACGAAAAUAGUUUGCAGAUGAGAACAACAGAGAUAAAAUAAAUUUAAAAAAAAAAUUGUGUACUCUAGUGAAGCUUUAUCAAUAAGAACGAUUUAUACUUGAAUUUUUGCAGAUGAUGUCACUCUUAAAAAAUUGACUAAAAUCACUUUAUAAAUGCUCCUCUUCCAUUAAUUUUUUUUACCAGCCCCUCCCCCCUCAGAUGCUUGAAAGCUCCCAAUGAGAGGGUUUGAAGAUUGGUAGUUUGUCAAAGAAAAUUCUCCAGUGAGGAGUAUAGAGAGAAAUUCCAUCCCCCCCCCCCCGUAAUUAUUUCCCUAUUAAUUCUUAGUUUACCCCAUUACGCCCCACGUCUGUGAAGAUGUAGAUUUAAUGUAAUACGUGUUAAUAUUAGUAGCUUAAAUUAUUAUCAUUUUGUUGUUGUAACACAUUCCAGAAGAAGUGAAUCAAUAAAUAAAUUCUGAGGUGAAA